AGAGUUUGAAAGAGUAAACACCUGGUUAAACGCUUUAGUGUAGGACACUUUCGUUUUGAAGCGUUAAUUUCUCUACUGUAUACCCAAAUUUACAAGUAUUACGUCUUUUAUGACCAAUAAAAGACUUGAUUUGAGUUUGAUUGUAUUUAUUUUAAUUCUUAACUGUACUGAACCGACAAGUUACAAUGAGCGAAUCCAGUGAACCGUCAGACGUUUACGCCAUCCUUAGAAGUUGGGAAGAAGAACACCAAAACCCGCAUUAUGAUCCGAUCCCGAUGUUGAACAAGUUGUCCGAGUUAAUCGAGUCGGAGACUGAAGUUUAUAUGAAAAUGGAUCCAGAUCCUUUUGAUGAGCGUCAUCCGUCGAGAGCUUAUCCAAAUUGUAGUUUAGGGCAUACACUUAAAGUUUUAUUUAGGAAAGAACAGUUUAUGACCAAGCUAGUGAAUGAUUACCUUCGAGACACCUACUAUACUAGAUCAGGAAUGCCGAAUAGAGAUGUAAGGAAACUCAAUAUAGCUGCUUGCAGGUUAAUGCUUGAUGUCACACCUGGUCUAGAAACUGCAGCAGUUUUUGAAAUGCCUACUAGCGAUGUUUUAGUUCAGAGAUUGUUUUCUUGGGCAGAAAAAUCUGUAGAACCACUUCAAACUUAUGCAACUGGUCUUUUAGCUGCUGCAAUGGAUGUUCAAGACAUAGCUGUUGUAUUUCGAGAACAAAAUCUGCACUUGGUCCCAUUGAUGUUGGAAAGAUUGCAUGGCCUACAAUCGGAAUCUCAUGAUGAAAAAGGACUUAAUAACACUAGGCCAUUUGCUCACUUAGGUCAUUCAGAAAAUGAAAGUACACCAAAUGGUCGAAGAGAAUUUACUGAAAUAGACAGGAACAGAACCAACAAAAAUAUAAACCAUGUUAAAUCUCCUAAUAAAAUGGAUGAAGAUGUUUACUCUUAUGAUCAUAAAUCACCUUCAAAGAUAAAUGAUUGUCUAAAAAAGGAUAUUGAUGAUACUUUUUCAGAUUUCCACACCCCCAAAGAUGCCCGUCGUUCCAGUACUGAUGCGAUGAUGUCUCCUCCUUUAAUAAAACCAUCACCUUUUAAUAUGUCUGAUUGUAGCAACUCUUCAUGGGCGGAAAUGGAAACAUUUGUUAUAGGCAAUAUUCAAAUGCAUCCGCUGACACUUGCUACAAAAAAAAUCUUUAUUUUAAAGUACCUCACACCUAUGGGUGAAUACCAAGAAUUUCUAAGUCAUGUGUUUGAAAAAAAUGCUCCUGAAUUGAUUAUGCAAUUAAUAAACCUGAGAGAAACUAAAAAUUCCCGUCUUUCUUUUGAAGCUCUCAGAUAUCUAGCUGCUUUAUUGUGCCACAAAAAAUUUUCUAUAGAAUUCAUUAAUAUAAAUGGACUCCAGCGGCUUUUAAAAGUUCCUAGACCGAGCAUUGCAGCAACCGGUGUUUCAAUUUGUUUGUAUUAUUUGGCAUAUUGUGAAGAUGCCAUGGAAAGAGUUUGCUUGCUUCCAAAGCAUGUUCUAUCUGACUUAGUAAAGUAUUCAUUGUGGUUGUUGGAAUGUUCACAUGAUUCUGGGCGGUGUCAUGCUACUAUGUUUUUUGGCCUUUCUUUUCAGUUCCGAGUAAUUUUAGAAGAAUUUGAUGCACAAGAUGGAUUAAGAAAACUUUACAAUGUCAUAAGUACUCUUCCCAUAUUGACUGUUGAUUCUGCUCCUGGCACUGAAGAUGAAGAAUGUUCUGCUCGUCAAGUCGUGAGACAUGUUUGUGUGGCCUUAAAGAGAUAUUUUGAAGCACAUCUUUAUAUAAAGAGUGAACAAGUACGGCGGGCCCAUAUAAGAGAUACAGUCGAAAAUUCAAAAGUUUGCAAUACCCUUCCUAGCUAUAAAGCCUUUAAAAGCAGUCCGGAGGAAGUGAGGGAGCAAAUCAAUACACUUCUCGACUAUAUGUUUUUCCAUGCCUUAUGGCCCCCAGUAGAUAACUUUUUUAACCUCGGUGGGAUCACUCUACUUCUGCAAGCGAUUGCAUUUACAUAUGAAUGGAAUUACUCAGGAAGGGGAGAAACUGUACGCAGUGCAUUAGACGUGUUAAACAUUUGUGGAGUUAUGCCUCGAGCACAACUGCAGCUCUGUGAUAAAGUCGAUCUGCCUGAUGAUACCAACACUGUUGGUAUCAAUGUUAUACUUAGUGCGGCUGAAGGAGAAAUUGUGGCUGAUCCUGAAGUUCAGAGAGCAGCUCUUCAAGUAUUAAUCACAUGUGUUUGUGCUCCAGUUUUCAGAUUUGGUGGAACAGUAGCUCGAUUCUCAGCUGGUGGUUCAAACAAGAAGAAAGUUCAUAAAAGCAGUGAGGAGGUCAUUGAAAAACUUUGGGAAUGUUUGAGAACAACUAACGGAAUAAUGGUUUUGCUGAGCUUAAUACAAUUAAAAGUGCCAAUUACUGAUGCCGAUUCAAUUAGAGCUUUAGCUUGUCAAGCAUUAGCUGGAUUAGCACGAAGUGAAACUGUACGGCAGAUUAUUAGUAAACUCCCUUUGUUUACAACUGGCCAACUUCAAAGCCUGAUGAAAAAUCCCAUCUUGCAAGACAGAAGACAGGAACAUGCCAUAUUUCAAAAAUAUGCUUUGGAACUUUUAGAAAGGGUUACAGGAAAAAGUAAACCAAAAAAUGAAUCUGAACCUUCAUUAACUAACAUACAUAAGGCCAAUGUUAUAGCUCAGACAAGGAUCCAAUUUAAUGACAGAGAUUUACUUCAGCUAAUUCAGCAACAUUUAUUUUCUCAUGGGCUUAAUGAAACAGCAGAAGCACUGCAGAAAGAAGCAGGAUUGCCUCCAAUCAAAGUGGCGCCUCCUCUUCCACCACCAAUUUUUCUUUCCCCUUAUCAAAGACCAUUGGUCACAACACCAAGUAGGGGUAGAACAGGUUUGAAACAGAGUUUAAGCGGGGAUAGCAUUGUAAGCCUUAAAACACCACCAAUACUUCACCAUCCUAUAAAACUUAACAUAAACCCUGGUGGCCAGAAAAAAGAAGUGAUGUCAAAAUCCACACCAACAACCCCAUUAGGAAGAUCACUUGAAAAAAGGAUAUCUUAUGACAGAUCGGAUAAAGAACCACCAAAAGAGAGUACCGUGACAUUAGAUUCUAUCAUUACAGAAUAUCUUAUGAAUCAACAUGCUUCUUGUAAAAAUCCUAUGGCUACCUGUCCCCAAUUUACAUUAUUUGAACCUCAUAAAUGCCCUGAUCCAAAAUCAAGAAAUAAGAUACCACAAAAUUUUGUAAUGAGGUAUGCAAGAGGGGCACAUUCAAGGAGAUUGGAUCAAAGAUUGAUCCAUUCAAAAUUUUGUGGUGUUCGAAUAUUUAGAUAUGGUGAUGACAAUGCCUUUUUCACCUGUUGUGAUUUUUUUGGGGAUGAUAGGUAUGUAGUCAUUGGUGCUCAUCAUGGUGAAGUCAAAUUAUUCAAUCUUCACAAUGGAGUGGAAGUCGCCACCCACCAUUGUCACGAGUCUUAUAUUUCACAUGUUCAAGCAUCAAGGAAAAAUUCUUUGCUUUUAACAUCAUCUACAUGGACAACACCACUUUCAUCUUGCUGGGAAAUAAAAGAUAACAUUUUUCAUCCUGUAUUGUCUAUGGUAGAUGAGGAUUAUGUGGAAUUCAAUAAAAUCACAGAGGACAGGAUCAUAGGAACUAAAGCUGAAACUGCAACGAUAUAUGAUAUAGAGACCACAAGGCUAAUUCAAAUUUUAAAGCCAAGUUUAUCGAAUCAAUAUAUAAAAAAUAGAGCAACAUUUUGUCCUACUAAUGAAUUAGUUUUGUCUGAUGGCGUAUUAUGGGAUGUUAAUAGUGGAAAAGAAAUUCAUAAAUUUGAUAAGCUAAACCAAACGCUAAGUGGUGUUUUUCAUCCCAAUGGGUUAGAGGUUGUAUCAAAUACUGAAGUAUGGGACUUACGAACAUUCCACCUAUUAAGGACUGUCCCUACACUUGACCAAUGUGAUGUCCUAUUUUCCCCAACUGGACAUGUUAUAUAUUCAUUAACAAUUGAAAAAGAAACAGAGGAUGAAAAUCAAUAUGAACAUUCUUUCAGGACAUUAGAUGCCUACGAUUACUCAAGUAUAGUUACUGUUGAUGUAAAAAAAAAUAUUUAUGACUUAUCAUGCAAUGGAAGAGAUACUCAAAUAGCACUGGUUGAAAACCAAGGAGUAUUUGAUAGUGUACAGGAAUCUCUUGUUAAGGUUUAUGAUGUUGGUAGAUCGAGAACAGCUGAAGAUGAGCCGGAAGAUGAUGAAGAGGAAGAAGAUAUGGAUGCUAGUGAGGGAUCUGGCAGUGAUGAUGACCAUAAUAACGAUACUCUUCCAAUUGAAAUAUAUGAUGAUGGGACUGAAAAUUCUAUGCAUUCUGAUGAUGCUGACCAAGGAGAUAAUUCAAAUGAAGAUGCUGGUGAUGAUGAUGAUGACGACGACGAUGAUGAUGAUGAUUCUGAAGAUGAAUCAAAUGCACUUAGGAUUAGAAAUUUCCUUUUUGAUUCAUCUGAUAGUGAUUAAUAAGGCAACUUACCUAAUGUGAUUUCAACAACAAACUUGUUUUGUUAAUAUGAUUACUUCAUGUACAUAUUUUAUACGUAGUUGUUGAAAUGAAUUUCAAAUUUGUGGUUUGAAACGCUUCAGACCAAUUGAUUAUAUAUUUUCAUUAUUUGUAGAAAUGAUAUUGUAAAUAAUGUAAAUACGGUCAGUUAUUAUAUAAAUAUAUAAAAUACCUCUUAUAAAGAUUCAUGCACAUUUCCAUCUUAUUUUUAUUAGUUGUUUUAUUAUUUAAAUUGGGAAGUGCCUUAAUAUGGAAUUAUAUGAAGUGCCACAGAUUAAAAUUUGAUUUUAAACAAUAACUCAUUUUUAUGUUAUGUUUGUAUGAUUCAAUAAACAUUUUCUUUGUUGUAUCAAGUUGAUAUUAAAUAUUGUUUU